GAAACAUACAUUUAAACCCAAACAGGCUCAGCUUGAAGGAAACUUUGGUUUUCAAUGCAGCUAUGAAUUAAGAAAAUACCAAAGAAACCUGAAUGCAGCUUGGGAAGGCCUGGGAAAAAGAAUCCUGAAGAAGAGCAGCCAGCAAGCCCAGCAUGACGGAAGCAUCCACAGAAACGACGGCUGAAUACACUUACGAUGAACACGCUUUUUCCUGCAAUAAGACUGACAUCCAAGAGUUUGGGAAAAUAUUUCUGCCCAUAUUUUACAUUGCAGUGUUUGCUCUUGGCCUCGCAGGGAAUCUAAUGGUGGUUCUUGCCAUUGUGAAAGAAGGCCGUAAGAAAAGCAUCACUGACAUCUAUCUCCUGAACUUGGCUAUCUCGGACCUUCUCUUCGUGGUCUCCCUCCCCUUCUGGGCUUCCAACACGGUGCGUGGGUGGACCUUGGGGACUAUUCCAUGCACAGCUGUUUCCUCACUGUAUUACAUUGGCUUCUUUGGGGGCAUGUUCUUUAUCACUGUUAUCAGUAUCGACAGGUACUCGGCCAUCGUCCGGGCAACGUAUUCUCUGAAAUCCAGAACGGUGAAACACGGCCUUCUCGUGACCUGUGGAGUCUGGGCAACAGCAGUUCUCGUUUCAGUGCCACAUUUUGUGUUCUCCAGGCUGGUUGAAAGCGACUGCACUUCUGCCUUCCCCCGGGAGCUGGAGAACAUCUGGCCGGUGUUCUGCAACGUGGAGCUGAACGCCGUCGGCUUUUUCAUCCCGGUGUGUAUCAUCUGCUACUGCUACUGUGGGAUCGUCAAAACCCUGCUGCUCUGCAAAAACCAGAAAAAGGCACGAGCUAUAAGGCUGGUCUUGGUUGUGGUGGUGGUGUUUUUGCUGUUUUGGUCCCCCUACAACGUCCUGAUUUUUCUAGAGACUUUAAAGCGCUUCGAGUUGUUCACCAGUUGCAACCAAAUCAAAUCCUUGGACUACGCGAUGCACCUGACCGAAACCAUUGCGUUCAGCCACUGCUGUCUCAAUCCUCUCAUCUAUGCUUUUGCUGGGGAGAAAUUCAGGAGAUACCUUCACCACAUCUGCUUAAGGUACUGCCCUUUCCUGUGCUUCUGUGGCCCUUGCAGUCGCUACCGGGUCAGCCACUCGGCCAGCUAUGCGGAGAGCAUUGUGAUCAGCAACAUCACUGUGAACACCAGCGACCAGGAUGGCUCUGUCUUCGUCUAAAAGGCUCUGUGAAGAAGAAAUGUGUGUAAAUCUACCAGGGCUUGCCAUUACCCAUAGGAAGAGACUUAAGGGCUGCACUGAAUUACUGACGUGUCUCUUGUGAAGCAUUACAUGGAAAUGGUAAAACCAAGGCGAAGGCUGAACGUGGAACUGAAUCAAGAGAGAAGGCAGAAGCAAAGGCAGUACUCUGUGUCUAGAACAAGUGAUGGAGAAGAAUUUAAGGGUAGAGAAGCUGUUAAAACAGUUUCAACACGGAGAGCUCUGUGUGUGUGGGUGUAGGCACACACACUACAAAUGUACAUAGACCUAAACUCAUUUUGAAGGGAAGAGGCGUCUCCUUAAUGAAUGGUAGCUGACUGUUAGCAAAGGGGAACGUUUUGGAUAGUACAAGGGUAUAUUUCUGAUUUUGUAUGUCCAUAUGGAAAUGAUCCUGGGCUUAUUGAUGGCAACAAAUGCUUUUCCUA